UCAGGCCUAGAUCUCACUGCUGGUUCUAGUCAGGCGUCAGGUUAUCUAACCUCUGCAUGUCUGGUCUCCUCGUCUGCAGAGUGGAGAAACGAGUAUCUACAUCAUAAUGAGGUUAGAAUGCACUGGUCUAUCAACAGGGCUGAAAAACAGUAGCUGGUGUCAAUAAUAAGCUAUGAACACACAAGCCAGGUUACGCUGCGGAAAAAGCGUUCUGGAUCUCAAUGGCUUUCGAGGUUGUCUCCACAUAUUUACAUGCUAUGUCCAUCGCGAGUGAGCUAUGGCUCUGCUUCACGGCCUCCUGCCUUGGGAUUCAGGCUGACAGAGAAGCUUCUAUCUGGAACACUGGAGCAGAGGGAAAAGAGAGCUUGGCAAAGCCCAAACUGGCUCUUAGAGCUGGACGUGACACACAUUACUUGUCACCUUCCAUUGGCCAAAUCAGGUCGCAUGGCCAAGCCCAACAUGAUUAGGAAGAGAAACUCUUACUCUCCCCUAAGCAGACGCAGGAGAGCUUCAGGUGUACUCGCUAGGAGCCAGUGUGGAAGGUCGCAGGAGAAGACCCUUGUCAUAGCAAGACAACCUGCUGUGAAAGUUGGAGAGCACCAAGACUGCAGUCUGGAGACCAGGUGCCCAGAGAUGGGAGCUAAGGGAAGAGCCAGUGCAGGUACGUACAGGGAGGUGACAACGCUGGCUGGAGUCACUAGUCAGGACAGCGGGGAAAUGAUCUCUCAGACCACUGGAAUCUGGGGCUGGGGAAAGAGGACCAGGCUGCAGAUACCUAUUUGUGAGUCACUGUGUACCAAGGUGUACCAAGGUGGUGGUUGUGUACCAAGGUGGUGUACCAAGGUGGUGGUUGGAGCUGCAGGUGAGACUGCCUGGGGGGCUGGGGGUGCAGAGAGAGUGGAGACCCUUGGACGGAAUCCUGUUUUCUGUUCCUUGCAAAUCUUGCUCUAGGGCUCUUCUGCCACCGCUUGCAGCCCCCAGAGUGUCUCCCAACCACUCCUCCUUUGAAGUAAAAACCACUGGCUAAACAGUCACCAGACCGGAGAUGUUUUGGGUUCUGACAACUCCCUGUAUUUCUGGUAGCUUCCACGUGUCUCGCUCUUAUCUUCCUGACUCCAACCGUAAGCUCACUCAGGCUGGGGCUCUAUUUUUGUAUCCUCUCCCCCACCUUACUCUAUAUCAGUUCCAUCCAGUAACAAUCCGCCCUCUGAGGGCUGUAGGAUCCCUCAUUGAAGAUCCUGGGUCCAGCCGAAGAACACGGUGUCGGAGGACAAAGUUCAGUUCUCCUCCGAGAGCCCUGCACCUGUGUCCCUCCUGCCAGCACCUGGGGCCCAGGACUGACUCACCGAGUCAACAUCUCUCGCAUCUGCUUGGUGGAUUCCCAAACCCUGACACCACGUGAAGCCCUUGGAAGACUCGUGGUUUAUUUUACUAAAAAUAAGCUGGAUAUUGAAGCAGCAAGUUGAAAAGCAAAGCAACGGGGUCAUUGUUUAUUUUGGGAGAAAUAUAAAAAUUCUGUUAAUGCCGUGUGAUUGGUGAUCAGCACCAGAAGGACCAAUGAGGGGCCCUUAGUAAACCGGGCCGCCGGAAGGACUGCGCAGAGGUAUCGUAAACCCCGCCGGGGGUUAUCUGCCAAGGAGGGUGCAGCUUAUCACCAUGGAUGUUUUUGCCAGGCAGCUCGUGCACUUUAACCUGCUGUUGCAACUGGGGUCACGCGCAGGAGCCACAGGAUCUGGGCCCCCCCGUGCGGCCAAGCCAGACCGGGGCCUGGUGUCAGCUGCGUGCUCCGACCUGCCGGCGAGGCGCAGGCUGGAGAGGGGUGGCAGCGCCCAGCGGGCUGCUGUGACGCCAGUGGGAGAUGCGGUCCAGGCGGAGCCAGGCUUCUCCCCUGCAGAAAGGGGAGGCCAGGGUCGAGGCCUUGGUCUCCCCUGGAGGGAAAUGGCGUAGCACAGUCCAGGGCAGUGACACCCCAUUUCUUGACCUACCCACCUGUGUGUUCUGUGUAUGCCCAGAGUGCUGGGCCCUGGGCUGCUCUGCAUCUCG